AUGGAUACCGCCUCAGCCAAGAAUGAAGCAGCCCCACAUAUGACCCAUCAUGAAACGACAACACCUAGCCCUGAGGUCCAAAGCCGGAUUGCAUUGGCCGAAGAUGCCCGCAAUGCUACCAUUGAAGAGCAUAGUUUGACCUUUUCGGAGGCUGUCAAGCGAUAUCCCAAAGCAUGUUUCUGGGCUGUCGCAGUCUCUCUUGUUGUAAUCUUAGAUGGCUAUGAUACGGCACUCAUUGGGUCACUUUUUGCUUUUCCGGCAUUCCAGAAGCGGUUUGGCCAUGAGACCAGCCCUGGAAGUGGUAGCUACCAACUUGAGGCGAAGUGGCAAACUGCGCUUGGUAUUGCGUCUCCUCUUGGAAAUCUGGUCGGCAUCUACAUCAAUGCCUUUGUGACUGAAAAAUGGGGUCAUAAGAAGACUUGUCUCCUCACUCUUGCCUACCUAACAGGCACCCUCUUCAUCCCUUUCUUCUCCAAAUCGAUUGAGGUCCUCUUUGCCGGAGAGCUUCUCUGUGGUCUCGCUUGGGGUGUCUUUACAACAUUAGCCCCUGCUUACGUUUCUGAAAUUGCGCCUGUUGUGCUGCGUUCUUAUCUUGAGACAUAUGUUGUUCUAUGCUGGGGUAUCGGCCAGUUUGUGGCGACUGGUAUUUUGGACAGCCUGGAACAUAGAUCAAACGGGGACUGGCCAUGGAGAAUUCCUCUAGCGGUGCAAUGGAUAUGGCCGGUAUUAAUUGUGCCCCUUCUCAUCUUCGCCCCUGAGUCUCCCUGGUGGCUUGUGCGCAAAGGUCGCAUCCAGGAGGCAGAAAAGUCUAUGAAGCGUCUGACUUCCUCCACUGAUCCCGACCAUGCCAAAAAGGCUGUCGCGCUCAUGGUUCAUACGACCGAGCUUGAAGUGACAAUGACGGAGGGUGCUUCAUAUAUCGACUGUUUCCGUGGUACCAACGCAUGGCGAACUGAGAUCGGCUGCGUUGUCUGGACUUCGCAGGUACUGUGUGGAUUUGCAAUCACCUCAUACGCAACAUACUUCUACGAACAGGCAGGUUUAAAGGCGGCUAACGCCUACAAGCUUUCAGUGGGGCAAUCCGGUCUGCAUUUCCUUUGCACCCUGUUGUCUGUGUUGAUCACCGGUAACUACGGUCGACGCUCCAUUCUGUUUUGGGGCUAUGCGGGCAUGUUCGCCUGUAUGAUGAUUAUUGGCAUCAUGGCAUGUGUCCCUAAACAAAGCUCAGGACUGGGAUAUGGCGAGUCUGCAAUGUAUCUUCUGUGGUACGUUUUCUACGAGCUCACCAUUGGCCCUCUCGCAUUCAUUAUUGUCAGCGAGAUAUCUUCAACGCGGCUGCGAUCGAAGAGUAUCUCCCUUGGCCGCAACGCCUAUAAUGUUGCCAACAUCUUUAGCUCUGUUGUGGCCCCUUACGCGCUUAACCCUGGAGAGGGAGACUGGAAAGGCAAAACCGCAUUUCUUGCCGCUGGGUGUGGCUUUGUUAUUUUCAUCUGGGCCUAUUAUAGGCUGCCUGAGUCGAGAGGGCGUACUUACGAGGAGCUUGAUAUUUUGUUUUCGCGAAACCUCAAAGCUCGAGAGUUCAAAGAUGCAGUUAUUGACAGUGAUGAGGCGGAGGCCAUAACGAAGCAGGGCUAG